UACCCGGCAGCAAUUGCGGCGUCGGAGCGGAAGAGGCGGAGUUUGAGCCAAAAUGAGGGAAAAUAAGAACAUGUCCGAGUCCCCAUCUCAAGCGGGAAAAGAAAUACCAGCGAAAAAGCAGAAACUAAGCAGUGACGAGAACAGCAACCCAGAUUUAUCAGGAGACGAGAACGAUGAUGCCGUCAGCGUGGAGAGUGGGACCAACGCAGAGCGCCCAGACACUCCCACGAACACGGCCAACGCCCCGGGCAGGAAGAGCUGGGGCAAGGGCAAGUGGAAGUCCAAGAAGUGCAGAUAUUCUUUUAAAUGUGUCAACAGCCUGAGGGAGGACCACGGCCAGCCGCUGUUUGGAGUCCAGUUCAACUGGCACAGCAAGGAGGGAGACCCGCUGGUGUUCGCCACAGUCGGGAGUAACAGGGUAACUUUGUAUGAAUGUCACUCUCAGGGAGAAAUGAGACUCUUGCAGUCUUAUGUCGAUGCAGAUGCCGAUGAGAACUUCUAUACGUGUGCCUGGACCUACGACACAAACACAAGCCAUCCUCUGUUGGCUGUCGCCGGGUCCCGAGGCAUCAUCCGGGUGAUCAACAACAUCUCAAUGCAGUGUAUCAAGCACUAUGUAGGUCACGGAAAUGCCAUCAAUGAGUUAAAGUUCCAUCCAAGGGAUCCAAAUCUCCUCCUGUCAGUCAGCAAAGAUCACGCCCUUCGUCUGUGGAACAUACAGACGGACACGUUAGUGGCGAUAUUUGGCGGUGUGGAAGGCCAUCGAGAUGAAGUCCUGAGUGCUGAUUUCGAUCUUCUAGGUGAAAAGAUCAUGUCAUGUGGGAUGGACCACUCCUUAAAACUUUGGCGAAUCAAUUCAGAGAGAAUGCAGAAAGCCAUCCGCGGGUCUUAUGAGUACAACCCCUCAAAGACCAACAGGCCUUUCGUCUCACAGAAAAUUCACUUCCCUGACUUCUCCACUCGAGACAUCCAUAGGAACUACGUGGACUGUGUGCGGUGGCUGGGGGAUCUUAUUCUUUCCAAGUCCUGUGAAAAUGCCAUUGUCUGCUGGAAGCCAGGAAAGAUGGAGGACGACAUCGAUCACAUUAAACCCAAUGAGUCCAACGUGACGAUUCUGGGGCGCUUCGACUACAGCCAGUGUGACAUUUGGUACAUGCGCUUCUCCAUGGACUUCUGGCAGAAGAUGCUCGCUUUAGGAAACCAGGUGGGGAAGCUUUACGUGUGGGACCUUGAAGUUGAAGACCCACACAAAGCAAAGUGCACCACACUGACCCUCCCCAAAUGCACAUCGGCCAUCCGGCAAACCAGCUUCAGCCGCGACAGCAGCAUCUUGAUAGCCGUGUGUGACGACGCUUCAAUCUGGCGCUGGGAUCGACAGCGCUGAGCCCUUUUUCCCACAAGUCAUUUGGGUUCCUGUUGCUUCCUGUCCACCCAACCUGUUGCCCUGUUGUACAGACCGACACUGCAAGAAAUGUCAGUUUGAACAUUUAAUCUUACGUGUGGUCUAAAAAUACAGUAUUUCCUUUAAAAAAAAAAAAAAAAAAAAAAUGCCGGGCAUUCAUGCCAGGAGAAAAUGGUGCCAAGGCAGGGUGAGAUGAUUCCUUUAGUUUUUAUUUCCUGUUGGUCUGUUGGCAGGAUGUUUUAAAGACACGCUUGGUGUCUGAGCAUUUUAUAUCCAACUAAACAUCGGGCAGUUAUUCCAUUUUAGGUGAACGGAUUUGAACCACAACAGUAACAAAAGGCGGACUUUGUUCCAAAUCAUAGAUGAAAAUUGAAAUGUUGAGGAGCAGGAAUCGUAUCAGCAUGUUGGGGAAACUUCUACCUUCAGCAAAGUGCCUUAUAGAUUUCUAUGCAGUCUCCGAUCAUUAAAAGUUUAAAAUAAUCAAUAACACCAGCUUAAUCAAGUGGAAUCAUCUCUGGCAGGUUUUUUUGGGGGGAAAAAUGAGCUUUUAAGACACAACUGAUAAAAUGACCAAAGAUGGUUUUUCUUUGCAGUGUGCCACAUUUUAUAAUCAUUUCACAUGAUAAUUUUAUUUUUCAGUUGUUUUUUUUUGUUUUUUGUUGUUGCAUUUUUUAAAUGCCAUCUUUGUUUGCUUUGAUGCCCUCUCUCCUCCCACCUCCACACAUACACACUUGACAGUUUUUAAUUUACUGUAAAACCGUUUGACGUUGGAGGUUUUGAGUACACUCAAUAAAAGGUAUUUUGUAAAUAUA